GUUCACGCUGUGACACCAACCAGGUCUUCUUGUUGGCAACGAUCGAUGCCGCGCCCACUGCCGUUGACGAUACUCGUCAAUGGCGAGCCAACAGGCGCGGAGUACCAAGCCUUGACACCGCGUACCCCGCACUCGCGCGCCAGCCAUGCUAAUACACCCAGGACCUCUAUCGAGCUCCGUCCCAUGGACCACGAUGACGAUGACGACGAACUGGCUCACGCAGGAAGUCAACGCGCGCCGCUUCUCGGCAACCCUUCUUAUGGGGACAUACAGUAUAGGGACAAUCCGCAGUUCAGCUCCCACUCAUCGCGAGCCUGGCGUCGUCGUUGGGCACGUUCCGUUAUAUCGUAUGCUCCUCUAUGGGGAGGGUUAUCACUGGCCGCCGCCUUGCUAUUCCUCGUGCUGAGCUCUCUCACACGACCAAAGGUCCUCGAUGCCACGAGCCAGGCAAUCCCCGCCAGUGCCGUAAACCAGACGAAACCAAACGUCUCCAAUCCUCACGGCGUGCAUCACACCGAUGGGAACUUCAUAUCCUACGAGAACUACACGCACUUCCCCCUUUCACCGACGGAAUAUCGCAACGAGUGCGCAACGAUGUUCGCGAAGUGGAUGCACGGACAUGGCGAUUAUUGGACACCAAUGCACGGAAUGCCCGCGGACGUCCCUCAUCCUGAUUCCGUAGACGAAGGUGUACAUUACCCAGUGGCUGAGGACGAGCCGACGGCGGUCUGUAGUAGUUCCAUCACCUACAUGCUCGACGGUCAUGUGGGGUUGAUGGCAGACCUGGCGCUCAUGGCGCAAGUUGCUGCGCUUGCUCGAGAACGCAACCGCACUUUCUUCGUUGAUGACACUUAUUGGAAUCGUGGAAAAUGGACCGACCAUUUCCAGCAGGUUCAGUCAAGGCAACCGGGUCCUGAACCAAACUGUAGGCCUCCUCCACCUGAAGAGCUUGUUGCUUGCCCACGGACAGCGAGACACUGGAUUGUUAAUUCUCGGACAGCAAAAUGGCAUCUUGGGCAUCCAUUUUCCGAACAAUAUCAGGAUCCGUAUGCCAAAUCACUUAAUCGAAUGAAGCCGAUGUUCCAGCAUGCCUUCCAUUCGUUCGCGGAAACUAUCCGUCCCAACGCGAAGAACGCCGCGCUCAUACGGUCCGCCCGCUCGGAAUUGGCUAAUAUAGUGGAUCGCGAGUUACAAGAGCCCUAUCUGGCGGUUCACAUUCGACGAGGGGACAGGCGAGGUUCAUCAUGGGCAUAUCAUAACUCUUACCUUCCCAUCUCCCUUUACACCGAUGCUGUCCAGGAGACAUGGGAUCGGUUCCACCAAGAAGCAUCACUUGGAGCCAAAGGUCAGAUGCAAACCGUCUACAUUGCCUCUGACACCAUUGCAGCGCAAACAGAGUUCGCCGAGGCUGUUGAUCCCAGUCGCAUAUUCUCGUUAGCACGGAGCUCAAACCCGGAACUACGUGACAUUGCGAGCGAAGUGGGCUACGAGCAGAAGAAAUUCAGCGGACUUCCUCUAGAUGACCGGGUGCGGUUGACAAGGGGAAUGAUUACGGAUUUUGCCCUGAUGAGCGGGAUGUGGGCAUGGGAGGCCGAGAUUAAACCAUCAGCAGUCAUUUGCGGGAUCAGCUCCAAUGUCUGCAGGAUGGCUGCCGUGGGCUUCGGCUGGCAGGGGGCCUUUGGGUUGGAAGGCGGAGACCAUGAGGAUGGGAGCAUGGACAACGGAAGGAAGCGAUGGGUCGAAAUAGACAACGCUGGUGCAAUUGUGCCUCAAUGGGAUGCGUUCGAGUUGUUCUGAUGCAUCUUCGUGAUGUCCAGUAAUGGACUGCACCGUGUUGCAACUAACUGAUGUUAUCGUUGAUAAGCAGAGCAAUAUCGCAGGCAGACGGUGAUGGUCGUGCUAUGACACGUGUAGGUAGGUAGGUAUAUUUCCGGCGCGGUCCCAAUAGCGGAACAACCGUGCUAUAGUAGUAGUACAGGAUCCACGAUAGUUUUUGUCGCUACACGAAUUCAUAACCCUGAGCAAAUGUCAUUCACACCUUAUUCA